UCUACCCUAGACGUAAGUGGGUCAGUUAUCACCAUCAGCUACUGAACACGGUGCUGCCUGCAUACGUUCAAACAACAGCUCUACCCAGCUGGCAGACGAUCACACUGGACUUGAACUGCUGCUCUCUGAAGAUGUCAUACGAGAAGUUUGUCCCGUCCCUCCACCAGCCGCCCACAGUCCAAGAGAUCCAACAGAUCACUGACCAGCUGCACUUCAACAGUUCAACUGACCAGGUCGAAGCACUGACAGCUAUUGCGUCUGAGGCUGUCGGUGCCUUGUCAUUGCUGGACACGUUCUGUGACCCCGUCCCAGAGGUCAAGUACCCCAGGACACCAGGCUACAGGCCGCAACCUCAGGACCGGGUUGGCAAUGCCUGGGCCUGGCGAUGUGACGUCCAAGGUGCUCCCACAGGUAAACUGUCCGGGAAAACUUUUGCUAUCAAAGACAACACGGCUGUAGCUGGUGUCCCCAUGUCCAACGGUAGCCGGCUGCUACAGGGCUACAUACCAGAGUACGAUGCUACCGUCGUUACGAGAAUUCUAGAUGCGGGUGGGCGCAUACUCGGCAAGUCUUCGUGUGAUGACUUCUGUCUGAGCGCCAUGGGCUUCUCGGCCCUGGACGGUUACAUCUCCAUGCCGGACACGCCGGACUACAGGGCGGGGGGCUCGAGCGGUGGAUCCGCUGUUCUGGUAGCCACAGGUGAGGUGGACAUGGCUCUGGGGGCGGAUCAAGGCGGUUCUAUCCGGAUACCGGCAGCGUGGACCGGCACUGUUGGCCUGAAGCCGACCUUUGGACUGGUGCCGUACACGGGUCUAGUGCCCAUAGAGCCGACAGUGGAUCACGCCGGGCCGAUCACGCGUAACGUGACAGACUGUGCGCUUUUCCUGGAGGUAAUAGCUGGCAAUGAUGGACUAGAUGGAAGACAAAGGACCAACAUGGAAAUCCCUGAAUACAGCAAAUAUGUUGAGCUAGAGUUGGAGGGCAGAAAACUGGGCGUGUUGAAGGAGGGUUUUGACACGUGUGUCCCUGAGACACGGGCAGCGGUUAGAGAAUUUCUUGAGGAUGUUGCUGUAGCAAAGUUUGGUCUUGUGGAUGUGUCUGUUCCCUUACACCAACAUGCCCCCGCUAUUUUCACGGGCUAUUUCUACAAUGGUUGUUUGAAUACUCUACAGAUGGGAACGGCCCCACAGUUCGCCCAAGGCUUUUACCCGACCAGCCUGGAGAAAGCUGUGCGCCAAGGGCUGCAGAGUUCUGCUGGGGUUCUUGCCCCUGGCAUCAAAUGCUUCUCGGUGAUCGGCGAGCUGUUCCGUCGUCGCUAUGGCAACCACUACUACUGCAGGGGCAGGAACAUGGUGCUGGAGCUGGCGCGUCAGUACGACGAGGCGCUGAGCAAGUGUGACGUCAUCGUGAUGCCGACCUUGACCCACGUCUCGUCCAGGUUUACGGAGAAAAAAGCGACGGAUGCAAAAACACAAGAGGCCUACUUGAAGGAGAGCUUGGACCAAAUUGGCAACACCCUGGUCACCGAUCUAACAGGUCACCCAGCCUUGACCUUGCCGCUAGGCAAACUGGGUGACGGGUCUAAAGACAGCCUGAUGAUCGUUGGCAAGAAAUUUGAUGAGGUGACAGUACUACAGGUGGCCAGGACUUUGGAGAAACUGAUUGUUGCCAGGCAGUAAUUUCUGAUGUGUUGCCAUUUGUCAUUGUAUCAGUCAUACACAUAUGGCCCUACUUAUUUUUAACUACAUUAGUCAUGACAAAAAAAGAAAAGAAAAAAUUACAAGCAUAAGUUCAGCGACUGACUGGAGAUUUAUAAAAAAAAAACAACAAUUCAGCAUAACGGCGGUCCAACCAACCCGUUGAGUUCUUUUUAAUUUUAGCGAAGUAUUACAAUUAUGCUUUAUGUUAAUUGUAAGAGUACAUUUACAAUUCGUAUCUAAUUUUGUAUAACACUGCACGUCAUAACUAGGCUUCUACACAGAAAGCUAGCAUUUUUUUAAAGUUAGGUAAUUUAAAAUUCGUGUAAAACACAAGCGUUAGGUCACGUUUACUUUUAUUUAUUAAUGGCUACACUCGACUCGGUUGAAAAUUACCAUUUAUUUCAAAAUAACUGUUUAAUUUUAAGAAUAUUUACAGUAAUGGUUUUCAUCCAGUAUCUUGAGUGGUCCAAUCAUUGGGUUUAAUCCACUGUUUAUUAAGUAAUUAGUUAAUCUGUUUCAUUGUAUUUUUCUUUGAUAUUAAUCUGAUCUUAGUGCAAUAUAUUUAGAUUUUUUAGGUUUGUUUACUUCAUGUGUUUAACUUUUUUUUUUCAUUUUUAGUUUGUUAAAACUACAAUAUUUUAUAUGUUUUUGUUGCUUUUAGAUAUACAAUAUUAGCCUUAUGCUACAGUGAAAAAUAAUCAAUUAACAUGUUUACAUUUAAUACGCUUAACUAUUAUUAUUAAUAUUAUAUUUUUAAAAUUUUCAGUGUUGUAACACUAUACAUUAACAUAACUUUAGAAAGAAAACUAUAACCAACUUUAUAACCGAUGUUUUUAUUUUACUUCUUGGAAUUUACCAAUUUU